UUUUUGAAUUAUUACAUUUUAUAUUUUUAGAAAUUUAUCAAAAAAUGGAUACAUCUAAAGAACCUGAGGAACAAAAAGAGGAUUUAAGUCCCGAUAGAGAUGGUACAAUUAUUAAAUCAAUUAUUGUUUCUGGGGAAAAGUUUAAUUGCCCAAGUGACCAUUCUCCUGUUAAAGUUCACGCUGUUGGUUCUGACUUAAAUGGACGUGUAUUUUAUGAUAGAGAACUUGAAUAUAUUAUGGGGGAAGGAUUUGAACAUCAAUUGCCUAAGGGUUUUGACAAAGCACUUCGCCGUAUUAAUAAAGGAGAAAAAUGUAAAGUUACAUUAAAAGGGCGUUUUGGUUAUGGGACUCAACCACCUUCGGAAUUUGGAUUAAAUGCGAAUGAAACAAUUAUUUUUACUUUAUUUCUUAAAGAUUUUGAAAAGAAGCUGAUUGAAGCUCUUAAAUUUAAAGAACGUGGAACCAAAUUCUUUGGAGAGGGGAAAUAUCAACUUGCUUUGUCUAAGUAUAAUGCAAUUGUUUCACUUCUUGAAUUUGCUCGCCCUUCAAAGCCAGAUGAGGAAGAAGGCAAGCAAUUAACUCAAAAAUAUGAACAAACACUUAUUGCUGCUUGGUUAAAUAUUGUUUUGGUUAAUUUAAAAAUGGGAGAGAAGGCGGAGGCAAUAAGGAAUUGUGAUAAAGUUUUGGAGAAAAAACCUAAAAAUGUAAAAGCUCUUUAUCGAAAAGCACAAGCUCAACAAAUGUUUAAAGACUUUGAAGAGGCUAUUGAGACUUACAAAAUUGUGCUUGAAUUGGAACCUGAAAAUAAGGCUGCAAUUCAACAAAUUCAAGAAUGUCGCCAUCAAUUGAAUAUUUUGAACGAGCGUGAACGAAAGAAAUUCAAAGGAUUGUUUGAUCGUCUUGCCAAUGAAAACCAGGAAGAAGGUAAUAAAAUGGAAGGAAUUUGA